GUCCCUGGUGGUGGUGCACUUCUGGGCGCCAUGGGCUCCGCAGUGCGCGCAGAUGAACGAGGUGAUGGCGGCGCUGGCACGGGAGCACAGCCAGGUCACCUUCGUGCAGCUGGAAGCUGAGGCUGUGCCUGAAGUGUCUGAAAAAUAUGGAAUUAGUUCUGUUCCAACGUUCUUGUUCUUUAAG